UUAAAACACGAACUGUUUUGCGGUAUGAUCUGACGUAUUCGGAUUAAGUGUAGAAAUAUUGUCAGCAAAUAUAUAUUUUGACAAGGACUUCAGUAAUCUUUUAUCGCAUUUGCCUAUAUUUCGAACAGAGUUUCACUUCAAUAGCGUUCUUGUUUGUGGAUACAUUAUUAUUUAGUGUAUAACUUGAAAAUAAUGAUCUGUGAAAAUGGCAACGCACCGUCAGGAAAAUGUUCAGUGCCAGGAAACGUCAGCGGAAAAGAACGAAAAUGAAUGUUAUGGGAAGAAAGGACCAAUCUUCUGUGAAGCAUGCCAGUAUGAUGAUUCGUUUGAAGAGGCAACGGGAUUUUGUGUGGCAUGUUCCGAGUAUUUGUGUCAGACCUGUUGCCGUGAUCACAAAAGAAACAAGGUAACACGAGAACACUCGCUGUUAAAGAAUGAUGAUAUUCCUCCAGACAUAUCGCCGUUUAAGACAAUUAAGUAACUAUCGACCUGCGAUAUUCAUCCCGACAAUGACAUCGCAUACGAAUGCGGGGACCAUGAAGCCUUGGUUUGCGUUUUCUGUCUAACUGAGAGCCAUCGGAAAUGCGAAAAUGUCCAUGAUCUAGGAGUUGUUGUUUCUGUCGAUUCGGAUAUAAACAUUAUGGCAGAACUUCAAGACAGAAUGCAUGCGUUAAAAGCACAAAAGGAAGAACAACGCAACACGAUCGUGAUAGAACAAGAAAAAAAUAAAAUUGAUGUUCAAUGCCUGGUAGCCAAAUGGAAGGAUCAUAUAACCCGCUUAGGAAAUGACCUUCAAGCACAAUUAACCGAAAUGUCGCUCUCCGAGACAAUGCAAUUGAAAGAAUAUAUUGAUGACUGCCACGAAAUCGAGAUUGAAAUACAAAGAAACAAGACAUUGAUAGAAACACUUAUGAUACACGGAACCAAGCGACAAAUAGCUGUUGUUCUGAGACGAACAAACGAUUCGCGCGCUAAUCUUAAAGAGAAACUGCUUCCACUGAAAUGUCAGCGUCGACGAAAUAUCGCGCUCAUAAAUGUCAAACAACUUGAUUUGCUAACAACGAUCGCCGAGUUAUCUUCAGAAGAGAAGGAAAACAGCAAUACUGACAUCUUGGAACACACAAGCGAUGAAGUGAAUGACAAUGUGGAUUUGAAAAACAAACCUACGGUGAAAAUUGAUAGAUCCAUACAGACUAAUUCUUCUUACUCAAAAUCUGAUGGAGAACAAAGGUCAUCCAGACCGUUCUCAGAGAGAGAAACCGGACAAAUCAUCAGUUUAUUUAAAAUCAAAACAGAAACAGACACGAGUACUUGCACAAUUUUGGGGGUUAAGCUAUCUCAACAUGGAGUUCUGUUGGCUGAUUUUGGCAACCGUAAGUUAAAACUCUUUAGCCGUAAAUUCGACCUCAUGUGCGAACAAUCGCUACCUGGACAGCCGGUCGAUAUGAGUUUCGAUGGAGAAUAUGCGUAUGUGUGUUAUUCAGACCUGAAGAAAGUAACCAAACAUCCCAUACACAAUUCUUCGAUAGGUGUUCCAAUAGGAUUUCCAACUCGGCUCCAGCCAAUAAGUCUGUCUGUGUUUGACUCUCGACUGAUGAUUUUGUUUGCGACCAAAGAGAGUUUUGACAGUACGGCAGUAGAUGAUGUACAUAUUGAAAUCCGACGAGGAAAUGCAAUAGCUGCUACCAUCUCAUAUAAUACCGAUAAUGAAAGAUUCAAGCAUGUGAGAGCGGCAAAGCAGGUUUCUGUAUUCGAUGGCUUGUCAAUUGUUUUCUCAGAAAAUACACGAGUAACCUGCUACACGGUUGAUUCUCAGGAAAGUAAACUUCAAGAUCGUGAAUGGUAUAAAGAAUCGAAUAAAGAAAACGUUCUCAAAAAAGCGAAAGGAUUCGCAAAAGACAGUGAAGGAAAUAUAUAUAUUUGCGGUGAAGAUUCCAACAACGUUCAUCAAAUAUCUACGAAAUACAAAGUCAACCGUCUGGUUGUCCAUAAUAUCAAUCGCCCCAUGUGUGUCGCUUUGGACGAACAGAAAGAUAGACUCAUCAUCGGGUGUCGCGCUGCUAACUACCUGCAUGUAUUCUCCUUCAAGUAGAACUCAUUGUAUGCAAGAUCUUACACUAUUUGCUUUGGUUACGCUGUUUUGGGGUAUCCGUCAACUGUUAAUCGAUUUCAUCUAUAUGUACAUAAUAUAAGGAGUCUCAUCCUGCUAUUUGCUUAUAAAUUUCUCGAAAUUAUUCCUAUAUGAAGUGUUUACCUUUGCUUGGAAUGCAAAAGUAUUUAUUUGUUUAUGGAGUCGAGCUUGAUAAGCUCGAUGUCCUAUAUUGUGAUUUAAACUAUCAUUGUUGAAGUAAUAAGAUAGAAAUCUAGUGUAGGCAUACAAAUGUUUCAUUCAUUAUUCUACUAUAUCAACGCUAAGAUUUAAAUAUUGAAUUAACUCAAGCAAGCAGUGUAGGUUUUGCUUUUGUAUGAUUGUAUCGUACUUUUGAAGGAACUCAAACAUAUGCUUGUACCAACGAUUAUGUUUCAAGGUAAUCCAUCAGAAAACACUUAAUUACUUUUCUCAUUGAUAACAGAAUUACAGAGAAAAUACAAUUGAUUUAAAUACUGGUUGAAGUGGUGAACGAACCUGCGCCGGUAUAGUUAAGAAAUGUACAGAAAACUGACUAAAUAUCUAUAAUGAUGAUCACUUCAAAUAGAAUAUUUGAGCGAAUACAGUUGUUGCACGGUUUCAGCUGUCAGAAUCUUGGUUUUGACACUCAUAAUGAUUUGCCACACUUUAUUUUGGAGUGAAUUAAAAAAAAAACACGUAAAAAAUGCAGUUGAAAAAACAUGAGCGAUUCCCUAUAAGAAGUUGGUACUCUUUUUUCGGCUUUAUUCAUCAGAUUGCACGUUAUGGUUGUAUCUAAUGGCUGCGUUUUUUUGACUAGGCCCUCUGAUCUAUAACAAGACCUACGUCGACUUUUUUGCUUCUGGGGUUUACUCUGUUUUCAAUUAUAUUAAUAAUAAGAUUUUAUAAGUAUGCAUGGGCGAUGUUGAUGUGACAGAUGUAUAUUUGUUUUAGGAUGUAUUAGAAC